AUGGUUUUCUUCUCAUCACUACUCUUUCUUGUGGUAUUGCAUGAACGCAUGGUUUUCUUCUCAUCACUACUCUUUCUUGUGGUAUUGCAUGAACGCAUGGUUUUCUUCUCAUCACUACUCUUUCUUGUGGUAUUGCAUGAACGCAUGGUUUUCUUCUCAUCACUACUCUUUCUUGUGGUAUUGCAUGAACGCAUGGUUUUCUUCUCAUCACUACUCUUUCUUGUGGUAUUGCAUGAACGCAUAGUUUUCUUCUCAUCACUACUCUUUCUUGUGGUAUUGCAUGAACGCAUGGUUUUCUUCUCAUCACUACUCUUUCUUGUGGUAUUGCAUGAACGCAUGGUUUUCAAACUCUCAUCACUACUCUUUCUUGUGGUAUUGCAUGAACGCAUAGUUUUCUUCUCAUCACUACUCUUUCUUGUGGUAUUGCAUGAACGCAUAGUUUUCUUCUCAUCACUACUCUUUCUUGUGGUAUUGCAUGAACGCAUGGUUUUCUUCUCAUCACUACUCUUUCUUGUGGUAUUGCAUGAACGCAUGGUUUUCUUCUCAUCACUACUCUUUCUUGUGGUAUUGCAUGAACGCAUGGUUUUCUUCUCAUCACUACUCUUUCUUGUGGUAUUGCAUGAACGCAUAGUUUUUUGUCUCAUCACUACCUCUUUCUUGUGGUAUUGCAUGAACGCAUAG